AUGCACGAGGCGGAUACUGCACAACACGGCCUGCCACUUACCGAGGAUCAAACUAAGCGCCUAAUAAUUAGGCGUCAUGAGCUGGAGCAUCUUUUAACUGGCAAGAGAAAUGCUGCAAAGCAAGGCUGGAUGAAAAUCAUUGACGAUAUCGGCCUGCAUGGCGCCACGCCUGAACAGUGCCGAAAGAAGUGGCUGAAUCUGCUGAGGAAGUACAAGAAUGACCAGCAACCCCGGGAGCCAAAGAGGCAGAGACGCGAGGAGACGCAGAAAAAAAACGACGUCAUGGAGCGCAUCCUCACCAACGUCGAAAAACAAACGGAGCUGAUGGGGAAGAUGUUCGAUUUUUUCAUGAGGCGCGCCGAUGACAACUAGCCACCUAAUUGUGGUUUAGACCAUGUGUGUUAUGUAACAGCAGACAUUGUUACUUUUCACAAGGCU